AUGCCUUUUGGCCUUCCAACCUACAGCUUGGAAAUCAGUGCAGGCAAUGAGUGGCAGAAUGGCAUCUCUGCCCCCGGGCUUCUGGUCAUUGGUGCUGGUGCCCCGCGGGAGGGGCCGCGUGUCCGCCGCAGGGGCGUGUCCGCCGCAGGCUCCGCCCCCGCGGCGUGCGCGCGUCGGGCCGCCCUUGCACCGCCCGCUGGGCUGCGGCGGCCGCGGCACUUCAAGGAGUCGCUGACUGAGGCGCGGACUCGGCGACGGACGGUCGGCCGAGCGGACCAGAGGCCGGCGGCGGCACUCUGCGGCCCCGGCGCCGGCCUGAGGGUGACCCGGCGGGCCGGGGCGGGGGGCGGCCGGAAACGGGCCUUCACUGGUGGCUCCUCAGACGCGGGGGCAGGUGGGCUCAGGAGAUGUGCUUGCUGGUCAAGGCCGACAGCCCUAUCCCAUGGUCUCCCCCGUUGCCCUCAACAGCUGGCCACUACUGCACUUUACUUCACAUAUUCAGCCCUUGAGGAGGAAAUGGAGCGCAACAAGGACCACCCAGCUUUUGCCCCCUUGUACUUCCCCACGGAGCUACACCGGAAGGAGGCACUGACCAAGGACAUGGAGUAUUUCUUUGGUGAGGACUGGGAGGAGAAGGUGCGGUGCUCUGAGGCUGCCCAAAAGUAUAUGGAGCGGAUCCACUAUGUGGGGCAAAAUGAGCCGGAGCUUUUGGUGGCCCAUGCCUAUACUCGCUACAUGGGGGACCUCUCAGGGGGCCAGGUGCUGAAGAAGGUGGCCCAGCGGGCCCUGAAACUCCCCAGUACAGGAGAAGGGACCCGGUUCUACCUGUUUGAGAACGUGGACAAUGCACAGCAGUUCAAGCAGUUGUACCGGGCUAGGAUGAAUGCCUUGGACCUGAACCUGAAGACUAAAGAGAGGAUUGUGGAGGAGGCCAACAGGGCCUUUGAGUACAACAUGCAGAUAUUCGAUGAACUGGACCAGGCUGGCUCCUUGUUGGCCAAAGAGACCCUGGAGGACGGGCUCCCCGUGCACGAUGGGAAAGGAGAUGUGCGUAAAUGCCCCUACUAUGCUGCUAAACCAGACAGAGGUGCCCUGGAGGGCAGCAGCUGCCCCUUCCGAACAGCCCUGGCUGUGCUGAGUAAGCCCGGCCUGCAGUUCAUUCUGGCCGCUGGUGUGGCCCUGGUUGCUGGCCUCCUGGCCUGGUACUACAUGUGAAGGACCCAUCAUACCACGUUGGCGCCCUCCUCCUGAGUGACCACUGGCCUGCCCCCACCUCCACCGGUGACUAAACUACCACCUCAGGUGACUCUUCUUAAAUGCUGGUUUUGAGAAAGCAACCAACCAAUAAAGGCCAGACGCUAAAGCCUCUGCCUGUAGCGUCCUCUCUGUGGGCUAGAUGCUGAGCUGGCUGUAGGCCCACCAUUCCUGCAGCCAUUAGGCGAUGGUACUGGGAGCAGCCUGGGCCUCUGGAACCAACUUUGCUCCAGGGGCGUCCACACUGCUCACCCUGAGGCUCCUUCCCUUCAUUCUUCCUUAUGUUGGCAUUUAGGUGGGUACCUUUCCCCUGAUGGGAACAGAGCAGCCAGCAAGCCCACGCUGCUGUAGCUCUGUGGGAGGGAGGGGUGGCUUGCGCCCUGCCUCAGAGGCCUGGGGAGCUCCGUCCUGAACAGCCAGUCCUCACCCUCUCAAGCAGAAACUCCAGAAGAGGGGGGUCUGUUUAGCCGUGGCCUAUCUCCUCCCUUGACCUGUGUAAAUGCUACAGCACUCAAUAAAGUGGACUCUGACA